CGAAGGGGGAGAAGCGCCGUAGUAAUACGAUUGCGGCGCGGCGGUUGUAGAGCUUGUGUGUUUAGGAUGGUGGCGACUCUGCUCUUCCGGUUCUCGGCCCUGCGGUCUUCGGCGCACACGACGCUCGUCCGGCGCAGGCGCUGUAGCAAGGCGUGCCAUCUUAGCGCCAGCGCUUUGCUGAGCUGCGCUCAAGCUAACGUGACGCACCCGUGCAGGGGGGCAUCGGCGAGCCCUGCAGGCUGUUCUCUCUUCUGCACAGCUGCCGGGGUAACGACAUCGCGGGUGAAGGUGUCCCCUGCGCUGUCUGAGCGGCUGGGGGUCUUUGAGGCCCUCAGGGAGAAGCAGGGGGAAAGGAAGAGAGCCGCAGCUACAGAGGGGCCCCUCAGUAUUCAGUUGGUUAGUGGCAGGACUGUGAAGGGAACGGCUGGCACGACCACUCCCCUUCUCGUCGCUCAAAAUGCACACGUGAAAGGAGUGCUUGUGAGCAAGGUCAAUGGGGAGCUGUGGGAGCUUGGACGGCCCCUAGAGGAAGAUUGUGAACUACAGCUUCUGGGGUUUAACUCAGUAGAGGGCAAACAGACAGCAUGGAGGACAGGAGCCUGUGUCCUUGGAGGGGUGCUGGAGGGGGUCUUUGGUGCCGAUCUGUGUAGAGAAGGGGUGUCAGAGAGCGGGCUCUACUGUGACCAUCUGCUGCAGAAUGGCGGCCUGUCUCUGAACCACGUGGAGGAGAGAUGUAAGGAGUUGGCGGCCCUCAGGCUUCCCCUUUCUACCCUGGAGCUGACAAAAGAAGAAGUUCGAGAGCUCUUUCAGAACAGUAAGCUGAGACUACAGCUUGUUGAAGAACAGAUGAAUGGUCCUACAGUGACAGUAUACAGAUGUGGGGACAGCGUAGGAGUCUGCAGUGGCCCGCUCCUCCCUCACACUGGCCUCCUCAAGGUCUUCAAGAUGCUCCAGGUAUCGCCUUUGACAUUGGCCAAUCAUCAGGAGACUUCAGGUUUGAUGCGUAUGAUAGGCGUGGCUUUUCCGGGAGAGAGGGACAAGGACGAGUGGGAGAAGGAACAGGAAGAGGCACGGAGAAGGGACCACAGACGCAUCGGUAAGGAUCAAGAGCUGUUCUUCUUUAGUGACGUCAGCCCCGGCAGCUGCUUCUUCCUGCCUAAAGGAGCCCACAUCUACAACACACUCACAGACUUCAUAAAGAGCGAAUACCGAAGGCGGGGGUUCGAUGAGGUUGUGACCCCAACUCUGUACAGCACUGCAUUAUGGGAGCGGUCCGGCCACUGGGAGCAUUACAGCGAGAACAUGUUCACUGUGACCUCUGAGGGCAAGCAGACCUACGCUCUCAAACCAAUGAACUGCCCCGCUCACUGCCUCAUGUUUGAGCAGCGUGUGCGCUCGUGGCGGGAGCUGCCCCUGCGAUGGGCCGACUUCGGAGCACUGCAUCGUAACGAGCUCUCCGGGGCUCUCGGGGGUCUCACCAGGGUCCGCCGAUUCUGCCAGGAUGACGCUCACAUCUUCUGCACACCGCAGCAGCUCGAAGAAGAGAUUGUAGCGUGUUUGGACUUUGUGAAGAGUGUGUAUCAGGUGUUUGGGUUUACCUUCCACUGCCUCCUCUCUACACGCCCGACUCCAUGCUUGGGGGAGCCUGAACUGUGGGAUGCAGCCGAGCAGCAGUUGGAGAGGAGCCUGCGGCAGUUUGGCGAGCGCUGGGAGCUCAACCCCGGAGACGGUGCCUUCUACGGACCAAAGAUCGACGUCCAUAUCAAAGAUGCCAUUGGCCGACAGCAUCAGUGUGCCACAAUCCAACUGGACUUCCAGCUGCCAAUCAAAUUUGACCUGCAGUAUGUUGGGCCUGAUGGAAAGAGUCACAGGCCGGUGAUGGUCCACAGGGCCGUGCUGGGAUCACUGGAGAGGAUGAUCGCUAUAUUAGCUGAAAACUUUGGAGGGAAAUGGCCUCUGUGGUUGUCCCCAGCCCAGGUCAUGGUUAUUCCUUUGGGGGGCGACAGUGAGUCAUACGCCCGGCAGGUGGCUCGGCGGUUCCGUGAAGCCGGCUUCAUGGCCGAUUUGGAGGAAGAUAAGGGCGCGACCUUAAACAAGAAGAUCCGUGCAGCACAGCUGGCCCAGUACAACUACAUAUUUGUGGUGGGGGAGAAAGAGUGUGUGAGCGGGACGGUGAGUGUGAGGACCAGGACUGGAAAGCAGUUGGGGAGGAAGUCGACGGAGGAGGUUCUGACGUCACUCACACAGCUACGAGACACUAGGAGCAACGAGGAGGCGUUGUGAAGGGGAAUGGACUUCAAACCAAUAGCAGCUCGCGAUCUUACACACAUGUAAAUGUAAAUGUCUCACACAAAUGAUUCACGCGCGUGUCCGAAGGAAUGGCUGCUGAUGUUUUGUUAUGAAAUAAAUGUAUAUGUAAA